AUGGCGACCGAAGGAGCUGGCGCCGCGCCCGAGCCCAACAAGGAGCCCACGACGAAUGGGACACCCAGCCCGGGCACGCGCAAUGUGAGCAAGGCGAAGAGGCUGCUGCCCAUGGAGCUGCGGAAACGCCGUCGGGCCGCUAAGCUCCAAUUAUCCGCUGACAAGAAGAGAAAGGUGGCGCUGGGAGUAGCAACUUCACAGCAGACUCCUCAGAAAACUACCAGGUAG